GGCGUGCGCGCGCCCGCGUCCGCCGGCGCCAUGGCGGCCUCCGGGGCCCCGCCGCGGCCCGCCACCCACCUGCUGUUCGACAUGGACGGCCUCCUCCUCGAUACGGAACGGCUCUAUUCAGUGGUGUUUCAGGAAAUAUGCGAUCGCUACGGAAAGAAAUACAGCUGGGAUGUCAAGUCCCUUGUUAUGGGGAAAAAGGCAACGGAGGCGGCCCAGAUCGUAAUAGACGUCCUGCAGCUCCCCAUGUCCAAAGAGGAGCUGGUGGACGAAAGCCAGAUGAAGUUGAAAGAAUUAUUCCCCACGGCUGCUCUGAUGCCAGGAGUAGAAAAAUUGAUCCACCACCUGAGAGAGCAUGGCGUGCCCUUGGCCGUUGCCACCAGCUCCAGCUUAUUGUCGUUCGAGAUGAAGACCAGCAGACACAAGGAAUUCUUCAGCUUGUUUGACCACAUCGUUCUGGGGGAUGACCCCGAAGUGAAGAAUGGGAAACCGGAUCCCGACAUAUUCCUCGCCUGUGCCAAGAGAUUUUCUCCUCCUCCUCCCAUGGAGAAGUGCCUCGUCUUUGAAGACGCUCCCAACGGCGUGGAGGCAGCCCUUGAAGCUGGCAUGCAGGUGGUCAUGGUUCCAGAUGGGAACUUGCAGCGACACCUGACGUCCAAGGCCACCGUGGUGCUGGAUUCCCUGCAGGACUUCCAGCCCGAGCUGUUCGGUUUGCCACCCUAUGUGUGAGCAGCCCGCUGUGCCUCCCUGGGCGUCACGGUCACGGCACCUGCUCGAGUAACCCAUGGCACCCGGGACAUCACCGUGUGAGGGGUCCUUCAGCCUGCGAGGCCAGCCUUCUGUCCCAUGCGGGCUUGGCCUACCGUGACUAGUGCUGACAUACCACAGCGUCCCAGCUGAGAGAAGGCAAAACAGAGGCAGCCACCAAGCCCUCAUUUGCACAAUCAUACAUCCUACAUGAAUGAUCAUACGGUGUCAUUGCACCUGAAUAAUCCAUGUAGGCGUCAUAAGCGGCAAAUACACACACGUACACAUGCUUGUGUGUGAGUGCUCGGGCAUGUAUGUGUGUAUGCGUGUGUGCAUCUUUACAUGUUUAUACAUACGCAUGCAUGUAAAAUACUUCCUUUUCAAAGGCGGAAUGAAAUUAUAUUUGCAUUCAUUUCCUUUUUACUUUCUCUAAACCAUGGCUUGAAAAUGUAAAAUAUGCGUACAUAUACGUAUAUGCUUACAUAUAUGUGUAUAUGUGUGUAUGUACAUAUAUGUUAUAUUUAUCUUUUUCCUGUAUGACUCUACUGUCUUAACUGUUGUCUUAAUGUGCCGUAGCGGCUGGUACAACGGAGAUCGCAGCUGUGUUUUGUUUGUAGUCUGAGUGGAAAAGCCAGGUCAUGGAUGAGUCCUGAGAAACCGUCCUCCCUGUUAGCAAAAUUGACCGUCUUUCUGGCCCACACAGCCUCUCGGCACACCUCCGCCCAGAGGCCCACUCUGAACCGUACCGUCAGUAGUUUGUUCUCAGUGUGAACAUAACUGUGGUCUGUACCUCACAUCAUCAGGCACAUGUCUACACUUGAGGAUGUGCUUUCUACCUCAAAAAAAACCAUCCUCUUUUCUAAAAACCGGUAGUUUUCUAACACAGCCUUUGUGCAAAUAUAAUCUGAAUUCGGAAUACAUACCUAGUGUGACCAAGAGCCUUAUUAGCACAUUUCUGGGAUCAUUUACCAGAUGUUAACACUUUGAUGAUGGACCUUUUUUUUUUUUUUAACUUCUUUUACUUUUUACUAGAUUUACUCACCCUUUUGCGGUGGGAACAUUGAGAAAGGCAUUGGAAUAUGGGAAAAACAAUCCUGGCGCACCAUGCCUGCUGGUGUGUCAUUGCUUGUCACGGAGCUAACUUCCAUGUGGUGGAAAAGUCAUGGUAAUGAAUGCGAAUGUGCCCAUCCUUGGUCGUCUGUUGAUGCUUGCCUCCGGCUGUUGACCAGUUUUAUAUCCGUUCAGCAAAUUCAUUUCCGCAUUAGUCCUCGCCAGUGUGUAUGGGUCUAUUCUGUGAACUCUCCGUCAAACUGGUUGUAACAUCUUACUGGAUCCCUCACCAGUUAAUUGAGUUGAAUAAAAUCCUUGACAUCAGUUCUCAUUAUGUAUGAGAGUUUGAUUUUACGUUUUUAAAAAAAUUAUGCUUGAACAAAUGUAAAACAAAAAUGUGACUCGACUUUUUUUUCUUUGGAAGCCAAGCAGCACUCACAUUGUAAAAUGGCAUUUAUGCAUUAGUGCCCUUGUGUGCGGCAAACAUAAGAUCUCCCUGAGAUGAUCCCUUAUUGGAUUUGAUAUCUCCUUUUAAUAAAACAUGUAUGUUUUCUCA